AUGGGUGUUUUCAUCCCCCACUCAAAGUUGCACACACUCAAAGAGUAUAAGUAUCAGAGCGAUGACCGAUCUAUCACAACGAAGUACUUUUUGAAGCCUUUUUGGACCCAAUUUGUCAAGAUUUUUCCAUUAUGGAUGGCUCCCAACAUGGUCACCUUGUCUGGGCUUUUUUUCAUCCUUUUGAACCUGGUCACCGUGUUGAUCUAUGAUCCAUAUCUAGAUAAUGCCGAAAAGCCAAGUUGGAUCUAUUUCUCAUAUGCUCUAGGUUUAUUUUUGUACCAGACUUUUGACGCAUGUGAUGGGAUGCAGGCCCGCAGAACUGGGCAGAGCGGGCCCCUGGGGGAGCUUUUUGACCAUUGUAUCGAUGCUCUCAACACUUCUCUGUCAUGUAUUGUAUUUGGUUCGACGAUUACCUGCGGCUGGGGUUGGCUGCUGGUGGUCAGUCAGUUUGCGACUUUGAUGAAUUUCUAUAUGAGUACCUGGGAAGAAUACCACACUCACGUUCUGUUUUUGAGUGAAUUUUCGGGUCCUGUUGAAGGAAUAUUGAUUUUGAUCGGUGUUUAUAUAUUCACUGGAUUCAAAGGCGCUCACGUAUGGAAAGAUCCUGUGAUUUAUUUGAACCUUGAAAAGUUGAACAUGGGAAGCGAGUUUCCACUGACGGUUACUAAAUUGUUCUCAUUUAUUGGUGCUAUUGGAUUACUAUUCAACAUUUACUCAGCAAGAAGAAAUGCAUUGGCUAAAUUGAGUGAACCAUCUCACCAGAAGGAAGCAAGCAAAGGAUUGAUACCAUUUUUCUUUUUUUAUACGUCAGUGUUCGUCCAAGUUUUCCUUUACAAGGAUGUGAUUCUACCUGGCGCAGGGCUGCCACUGGUGUUGUCCAUCGGUUUGACUAUGGCAUUUUCCGUAGGAAGAAUUAUUGUUGCCCAUCUAACGAAGCAAGAUUUCCCAAUGUGUCAACCUCCAAUGUUCAUUCCCAUUGGUGAGAUUAUUCUAACUGAGCUUCUGACAAGGGUAUUUGAUUUUGAUCGAUUUUCUGUAGCAAACAACCUACAAUGGACCGGAUUCGGAUUAUCCCUAGGAAUUCACGCUCUGUUUGUUACAGAGAUUAUUUACGAGAUCACCGGCUACCUUGAUAUCUGGGCUUUGACCAUCAAGCAUAAAAAAGUUGAUUAA